AUGGAAUCGCUCUUUAUUCACGGAUAUGAAGAGGAAGCCAAAAACACAACCGAAUGGCAACAAUUAAACAAACAACUCAUCACUCCGUACAAUGCAGAAGUGGUGGAAGAGGAAAAUUAUGUGAAACCAUUUAGUAACAGCAGGUUUUUAUGGGUCGAUUCUGAUUUGGAUUAUGUGAAUGGAAUGGUUUCGACUUCCUCUUUGAAAAAGAUUAUUCUUCACUAUAGAAUAUGGAAAUCAGAUAGAAAUACAGAGACGAAUCCACGUGUGGUGUUGCUUGUCCAUGGAGUUGGCUCAAGUACUGCAGGAUGGAGACAUUGCAUCGAUUCACUCUUGGAGAAAUACGAAAUGGUUGUGGCCAUGGAUUUGCCUGGAUUUGGUUUUAGCUCCAGAACCAUCGGACUUUCACAUUCUAGAUGGAAUCGAGCAUUUUGGUGCAUUCAACUCAUGAAUCAAAUUUCCAAAUCAAUUCUUGUGGCCGAAACUCAAAUUUUGUGGACAAUUUUCUCGCACUCCAUGAGUUGCUUGUUUUGUCCAUGCCUAAUUUGGAUGGUCAAUCAGAAGGAAUGGACAAACUUUGAAAAUUAUUUAACUGAUUCUAAUUCUAAACGAUUUUUUCAAAUUGACCAUCUAAUAAUGGCUUCAGGAACUUAUUUCCAAUCAAAUCUGUCAGAAAUGUUGAGCUAUUCAGUUGUCCAAUCUAUAACUAGAAUGACACUUCGAAUGAUUAUGGGAAAAACAGCCAUGAGUUUCAUUCUAAAGAGUUCUUUCAAUAGAAAUCCAACAAAUGAAGAGUUAUUGAGCUAUACCAUUCCUAUUGGCAUUCAAAACUCAAUUGACUGUUUUGUUGACAUUUUAAUUUCAUUUAAAGCAGAUGAUGAACAAUUUUCAAUGGAGAAACAUUUGGAAAUUUUGAAUCAGUUGACUAAAUGGUGUAGAGUGACUCAAAUAGUUGCAAAAUUGGAUAAUGUUCACUCAAUGGAAGAAGCUUUGAAAUUCAAGACAAUUUUGGAAAGUCAAGAAAGUUCUAAAAAUGGAAAAUUUGUUUACAAAUUAUUUGAAAAUGCAAGUCAUUGCUUGAUGGAAACAGAAAUCGAUGAUUUUAACAAUUUCAUCUCCAAUGAAUUGCAAUAA